AUGACAGACAAUGACGAUGGCAAUUUUGAUGCCUUCAGAGACUGCCUGUUCUCACACGUGGUGGAAAAGCUCACUGCUGAUGGAACAAAGAAACCUUCCAAACGGUCGUCCCUAGGCAAAAAAGCCCGACAGAACCAGUCUGAGCCAUCUGGGCCCGAUGCUUCUGAGCUGGCCGACUUCUCAGAUUAUUUGGCCACCGAUAUCUUUGCGAACUUGCCGCGGCCAUUCCAGGAGCUAUCCUAUCAUGCACUGCAGAAUGAUGCUGUGCAAUCGGACAAGUGGUCCCUUCCGCUGACUCUGACUGUUGUUGAAGAGCUGUGUGCCCGUCUUCCGGGAGACAUCAACGACAGCUUGAUAGCAUAUGGACUCAUCGAGCCACCCAAAUCAGACAUCCAGUCCUUCAUGGCCCCGGUGCUCUCUGGCUACAUUUCCGCGGCGACAACACCCCCACCAAAAUGGUCCGAAACGCGGACAAAGGCGUGCGAGAUCUGCGAAAGAGACUGGGUUCCAAUGACCUACCAUCAUCUGAUACCGAAGCAAAUCCAUGCUAAGGUGCUCAAGAGGAAUUGGCAUGAAGAACAUCAGUUGAACAGCGUGGCGUGGCUGUGUCGAGCUUGUCACAGCUUUGUUCAUCGAAUGGCCUCCAACGAAGAGCUCGCCCGAGAGUGGUACACCGUCGAACUGAUAUGCCAGAGGGAGGAUGUUCAGAAGUGGGCCCAAUGGGUCCGACGUGUUCGCUGGAGGAAGACCUGA